CUGGCCUUGGGACUGCCUGAUGAAAAGGUGGUGCUGUUCGAUUCCGAAGGCGCGCUGCUGAUGAACCUAGGGAUACUGGCUACUAUUGCCGGCAAGAUGCCGAAAAACUUCUGCCACAUUUUGUUGGACAAUGAGUGCUACGCUACCACUGGAGGGCAGCCGGUUCCCAACGCGCAGGAGAUUAACUACGCCGGUGUAGCCAAAGAAGCCGGUUAUUCCUCUGCCUACAGCUUCGACGACCUGGAAGAAUUCGCCACCAAUGUGGAGCAAAUAAUGCAGGAUACCGGCCCGGUAUUCGUCGCCAUCAAAGUUGUGCCGGAGGUAGAGAACGAGCCAAUAGGUAUGCGGGAGCGUGUCCCUACCCGUAGCCGCGCCGAGACCAUCCGGGACUUGCAGACGGAAUUGGGCAUUAGCGCCGGUUGA